AUCGAGUCUGUCAGGUUUUGUGCCUUGUGGGACUUGAAGUCCACAAGCAAGAAGUGAACAGGGCUGUUGAAGCUUGGAAGGCGGCAGCCCCCGCAGGUCUGAGCAGUAAGGACUACGACUCCCGACACACAUUGCAAGGCCGCGCCGUAAUUACGGGCAACCAACCAUACCCGAGCAGGGCAAGCCCCAGCCCCCCGGCUCGUAGGACUGCCUCCACCAAUGGCAGAGCUCCCAGCGCAGAGCCUGCGGGUUAGGUUGUGAGGCUCGGGCCGGGGGCGGGGAGGAGCUGAGGGGGUUCAGAACGCGCUCGGCCGCUGGGUGGGUCGGGGCGUUCGGCGCGCCCUUCAUUGAAGCGGCGGUGGCUGGGCUGGGCGCCGGGAGUGGGAAGCGACGGCGCGGCUGGAAAAUGCCAGUCCAUUCCCGAGGGGAUAAGAAGGAAACGAACCAUCACGAUGAGAUGGAGGUGGACUACGCCGAAAACGAGGGGAGCAGCUCAGAGGACGAGGACACGGAAAGCUCCUCGGUCUCCGAGGAUGGAGAUAGCUCAGAAAUGGAUGAUGAAGACUGUGAAAGAAGAAGAAUGGAAUGUUUAGAUGAAAUGUCCAAUCUAGAAAAACAGUUUACGGAUCUCAAGGAUCAACUUUAUAAAGAACGAUUAAGUCAGGUGGAUGCAAAACUACAAGAAGUCAUAGCUGGAAAAGCACCAGAAUAUUUGGAACCACUGGCAACUUUACAAGAAAAUAUGCAAAUUCGUACAAAGGUAGCAGGAAUCUAUAGAGAGCUCUGCUUAGAAUCUGUAAAGAACAAAUAUGAAUGUGAAAUUCAAGCCUCUCGCCAGCAUUGUGAGAGUGAAAAGCUUUUGUUGUAUGAUACAGUCCAGAGUGAGCUGGAGGAGAAGAUAAGAAGACUUGAGGAGGACAGGCACAGCAUUGAUAUUACCUCAGAGCUGUGGAAUGAUGAGCUUCAGUCAAGAAAAAAGAGGAAGGAUCCUUUCAGUCCUGACAAAAAGAAGCCAGUUGUUGUUUCAGGUCCAUAUAUAGUUUAUAUGCUACAAGAUCUUGAUAUUCUUGAAGACUGGACAACAAUUAGGAAGGCAAUGGCUACACUGGGUCCACACAGAGUGAAAACAGAACUUUUUGAACUGAUCCCUUUAGCACCUGUGAAACUGGAAAAACAUCUGCACAGUGCUAGAUCCGAAGAAGGAAGAUUAUACUAUGAUGGUGAAUGGUAUAUACGUGGACAAACAAUAUGUAUUGAUAAAAAAGAUGAAUGUCCUACAAGUGCUGUAAUUACAACAAUUAACCAUGAUGAAGUUUGGUUUAAGAGGCCUGAUGGAAGCAAAUCUAAGCUUUACAUUUCACAGCUACAGAAAGGAAAAUAUUCAAUUAAACAUUCAUAAUCAUGAUUUAAGUGUUAUCUAAAGCUACCUUAUUAGUGUUAUCAAGUGUGAUGUGCCAUGGGAGUUAAAAAUGUAUUCAAUAACUUAAUAUUCUCAUCAAAUCAUGAGACUGUAUUUGUAGGUAGUACUCUUAAGUAAACCUCAUAUUGAUAUGUCAAUGAGAUAGUAAUAAAAACUUAAUCAUGAUCAUUACAUUUAUUUGCCUUUUAGGUCCAAUGACCAAUAGGUAUAUAUAUAUAUGGUAGGGGUUUCUUACUAAAUUUUUUUCUUUGUUUUUUAAAAACAUUAUGCAAAUCUGUUUUAUCUUUAGUGAACUAUGUUGCUAAAUGGCUAUAUUUGUCUACAAUUUCUUUGAUUUUUCCAUAUCUUUGUCACUCAUUGUGUUUGUAAAUAAGCCUGAUAAAAUGUUUCCUAUAAAUGGUUUGUACUAGUACAUUGUGUUAAAUCAGAAUUGAAAUUUAAACAUAUAUACGUGAGUAUGUAUAUAUGGCAUCAUCAGCUUAUUUAGAACUGAUGACCUUUCUUUACAAUCUUGUUUUACCCAAAAUGAAGCUAUUGGGUUUGAAAGCUAAAGGGAGCACUUUUGUAGACUAGGAGCUUUUCUUCUCCUCUUCCUUGAUUGUAUGGUGGUGACCUAUUUUUACAAAUUAUACUUAAUUAGUAAAAUUAGUGUCAAGUAAUAACAUGCUUCUACCUGUAUUUCUUGUGAACCUGUAGAGGUCAGGUAUUUAUGCCUGGUAUUUAUGAUGCAGUAUAUAAGUGGUGAAUAGUAACUGACAGUAUUGUGGUGCUUGCUGUUCAUGUCUGACCUUUUGAAACAGAUUUUUAGUAAGCAUUUUUCAGAGGUAAAACUAGGUUCUUAUCUUAAUUUUAUUCCUAGGGCAAAGUAGACAGGGAUAAUAUUCUUGAGUCUAUUCCCAAAUUAAUAUUUUUAUCUUUGGUGGUUCUACACUUUAAGGCCACUUGGUGCAAUUUAGAAAGUAUUGGCCUCUCUUCCCUUAGCCACAUGCAAAAUUAACUUCUAAAACCUCAGGAACAGUACAAAGAAUUGAAACCCUCAAUAUGGCAGCACAAUUGGCUGUAGUAUAUAUUAGGGUACAACCAAAUCAAGUUUUCCUGGUGGUCUUGUGCACUUUAAUUUCUGUUAUAAUGAGACUGAAGAGGAUGAGGAAGAGAGCUACUUAUUAACAGGGCAGGAAUAUCUGCAUUAUUCCGUUUGUUUUCUUACUAUUUUACCUCUGCAAACAUCUUCCUGUGCAGAUCACUACUUCACAGUUGCCAAAUGUUAAAAUAUUUGACUUCUGAAAUUCAUUAUCAGCAAAGUUAUAUACUUUGUUCUGUUUCUAAUUAACCUUAACAAAUGUACAUAAUGUCAUAAUCCAAUAGUAUUUGACAGUACUUAUGUAUACAAUGUUUCAUAAGCAUUUUUAAUAAGAUUUGUAUUUUUAAAUUUAGUAUAUAAUAAAAAGAUGUGUUGAGUGUCA